CCUAGAGUAUCGAAAGGAAAGUAUCGAUACCUAACUCAUAUCAGUAUUCAGUAAUCGGUAGUAUAGGAAUUAGGAAUGUCCCUACGUCUGUCAAACUGUCAAAGUACUUACGGGACUUAACCUUUUCUCUACGUUUGUUGUCUGUUUCUGUAUAAUCAAGUACAUUGAUAAAUUGUAACGUACUGUUAUGUUUAUGUUAUGACUAAUUGGAGAUUAAGUGUUGUGUCAGGGGUAUAUUUUUAAAUGUCUCUCCCAUCUUUAUAAUGGAUACUGAUGAACAAAAUGUAUCAACUCAAUCCUGGAAUAAACUGCAACGAUCACUACAUUAUGAAGGUUACCGAGAAGGGUCAUCGGCUGGAAGAGAUUCAGCAUUUCAGGAAGGAUUUGACUCAGGUUAUCUCCAGGGCUUUCAAACAGGAUAUGAGUUGGGAGUACACAAUGGAAUUUUAAAAUGUUUGAGUUCAGAUGUGAGUAAUUUUGAUUCUGCUAUGAAGGAGCAUUUAUCAACAGUCCAGUCUUUUGAGAAACCUUCCAGAGGUCUGUGUGUGGUGUGUUCACAAGAGGAAAAAGCUUCUAAGAGUGGAUACAAAGAAACAGAAGACAAAGACCAAACUGUUAAAAAUGUCACGGAAGUGAUAGAAGAGCAAAAGAAGGCUUUAAUUGAUGCUAAAAAGUCGGUGUUAACGGACGAGUAUUUAUUAGUGUUGAGAACUACCAAUUUAAAUGAGUUUUUCAAUUCAUGUUAAGUGUUGUUAGAUUUAUUAUUGAUUAAACUUUAUAUAUUGUUUUACUA